AGUUGAUAUACAAGUCCACCAGGUUUCUUGGACCACAUGGAGUGGGGGCACGGCUCAAGUCUUCUUUCGACAGCGACUAGCCCAUACUGCCAUCGUGUCGGAGAACUCAGAGAGCAUUAAGGCCUAUCCCUUGCUUUCUCGAGGCUGGACUUUCCAGAAACGACUCCUGGCGACCAGAACAUUACAUAUCCUGCCAUAUGAACUCUUAUGGGAAUGUAAAUGCGAAUAUUGGUGUGAGUGUAUGGGUGUCCUCGCAAACCAGAUCUGGAAGAUAGGUCAAAUGAGAGGCUCAAAUUUCAACAACGUAAUGGCAAGGCCGUUAUUGGUCGAGAAUCCAAUCAGCAUUUGGCAGACUCUAGUUGAACAGUACUCGAGACGAUCCUUUACGAAGCUGCAUGAUAAGCUGCAAGCCUUUUCCGGCGUUAUUAAUAGGUUCUCUAGAAGUCGGAGUGGUCUUGGUGAUUUCCAAAUGUGGCGAUAACUGUGCAGGUCUUUGGAAUAAUGCAGACUUUUUCCGGCUCUUGAUGUGGCAGGUCGACUACACCAAG